GGAAGGGUUUGGAUUUGAAGGGAUAGGUCGAUUUGGAAAAAAAAAGAAGGGUUAAGGAAAAAGAAAAGAGUUGAGAGAUGGGAUGGUAAAAAAUGAGUAGAAUUAACCCUAAUUCUGCAAAUCCAAGAUAAGAGGAAAAAAUCUUUUAUUAAAAGAAAGAAGGUCUUUUAUGAUUGACAUAUCUUUUUUAUCAACAAAUAUCAAAGAUUUUAUUAAAAGAUUUUGUGAUAGCCUAUUGUUUUAUUAUUUAGAUUUAGAUAAUAGAAACGGAUAAUUAUUUUAAUUUAUAUAUACAAUGUGAUCAAUGACGGAGAGUGUUACUUAAUUGUCAAUUUACACAUAGAAUUGAAGUAAAAAAAAUGGUGAAUUGUGAUUACUGUUGUAAGAACGAUUCCGGAAUUCGAGACGAUGAUGGUUUCCUGUAUUGUAGGGAAUGUGGGAGGACGCGGGAAGCCUACAAUUUUUCUCAGGAGGCAACCUUUGUGAAAAGUUCGUCUGGGCAGAACAAAUUAUCAGGCCAAUAUGUAAGAUCAGUUCAGAGUGACUUCUCUGCUUCACGUCAAAGGACUUUAGAUAGAGCUUAUGAUGAUCUCAGAUAUUUAAGUUCCAGCCUUGGAGUGAACGAUGAUAAUAUGGCCAACCAAGCAUUGGCUUUCUAUAGAAUAGCACUUGAAAGGAGUUUCACCAGGGGACGCCGAUCAGAGCAUGUACAGGGUGCUUGUCUAUAUAUUGCAUUCCGGGAAAAUAAUAAGCCAUUCCUUCUUAUAGAUUUUUCAAAUAAUUUAAGGACAAAUGUUUAUGUGUUAGGUGCAGUUUUUUUGAAGCUUUGUAAACUACUAAGUCUUGAAGAGCACCCAAUAGUUCAAAAACCUAUCGAUCCCAGUCUUUUCAUUUAUAAGUAUACAAAUAAUUUGUUAAAGCAAAGGAAUGUGUUUGUCUCUGAAACUGCACUUAGUAUUAUUGCCAGCAUGAAACGUGACUGGAUGCAGACAGGGAGGAAACCUAGUGGGUUAUGUGGUGCAGCAAUAUACAUGGCUGCGCUUGCACAUGGUUUCAAGUGCACUAAGUCAGAUAUUCUAAGAAUCGUCCAUGUUUGUGAAGCAACAUUGACUAAGCGGUUGGUAGAGUUUGAGAAUACAGAGUCUGCUAGUUUGACAAUUGAGGAGUUGAAUACGAUGGCAAAGGAGCAUGAAAACAAUCCAGUUCAAAUACCAAAUGGUGAACUGAACAAAUGUACUUCAAAAGAACUACUAUGUGAACACAAGGGUAGUUCUGAGUCCUAUUUUGCACUUGGAUUAUGUGAAACAUGUUACAGGGAGUUUGAUAAACUAUCUGGUGGACUUGGUGGGGGUUUGGAUCCUCCUGCAUUCCAACGUGCGGAGAAGGAGAAAAUGAUAAAAUCACAUUCUGAGGAAAAUUCUAAUCAAUCACACAAUUUGGUGGAAGAGUCAAACAAUGAAUGCAGGAGCCAAAUAGAAGAAUUACGUUCCUCAGUGCCAGAAAGUAUUGUGGUUAAUGAAAAUGUGGCCACUAAAGAUGGUGAGCAUGAUGAGUCACAUAAAGAAGAUGAUCUGAACACAGAAACUCAAAAUGAAUCAGAAAGUCUUUCUGAUAUUGAUGAUCAAGAGGUUGAUGGCUACCUUCACAGUGAGGAGGAAAAGCACUACAAGAAGAUUUUAUGGGAAAACCUGAAUCGCGAGUAUCUUGAGGAACAAGCAGCCAAGGAAGCAGCUGCAGAAGCUUCUAAGAAAGCUUUUGAGGAAAAUUUCCAAAACUGUUCUGAGGAUUUGCUAGCAGCUAGAGAACUUGCUGAAUAUGCCAGUGCAGCUGCAGCAAAGUCCAGAAAGGAAAUGAAACUAAGACGAGCUCAAGAGGCAAAAAGUUACGGUCCUACUCAAUCUGCUUUGGAUGCCACUAAGCAAAUGUUGAGAACCAAGAGGCUCAGCUCCAAAGUCAAUUAUGAUUGCUUGUUAAAAUUAUUUGACGAACCUGAAGCACCAGAGAAUCAGAAGAAUCCCAAGAAAGUACGGUUUGAGCUACCCACCAAUGAUAAUGAUAAUUUUGAGUCAAAGUUAGAGGACAAUAUUAAAGAUGAUGAACCGGGAUCAGCUGAUGAUUUUGAGGAUGGUGAUAUGCACGGAGAAUAUGAAAAUAAUUUGUAUCAAGAAA